CAACUCCAUAGGUUUUGUCACGUUUUCCUCCAUGCCUGCAUUUCCCAUGGCGCCCGCUAUCGCGCUGAAUAACUGGGGGACAUCUUAACUGUUAUUUUACUUGGCUAUAACUCGUUUUUUUAGCUUAGGUUUUAAUUUAUUUUCGUUGCAUUCUCAACCGGCCAUGACCGUGGAGCAGAAUGUCCUCCAACAGCAUUCUCAGAAGCAUCAGCAGACUCUGCUGAACCAGCUGAGGGAGGUCACAGGCACCACAGACGUACAGCUACUUCAGCAGGCCCUGCAGGUCAGUCAUGGAGACCUGGCGGAGGCGGUGGCCUUUCUGACGGAGAAGAAUGCCAAGGUGCCCCAGCAGGAUGAGGCCACCUACUACCAGACCACCCAGGUGGGCAACGACAGAUACAUCAGCGUGGGCAGCCAGGCAGACACCAACGUGAUUGACCUGACUGGCGAUGACAAGGAUGACCUCCAGAGGGCCAUCGCUCUCAGCCUGGAGGAGUCCAGCCGGGCCUUCAGGGAGACGGGCAUCACUGAUGAGGAGCAGGCCAUCAGCAGAGUUCUGGAGGCCAGCAUUGCAGAGAACAAGGCAAGCCUAAAGCGGACACACACGGAAGUGUGGAGUGACUCGCCCAAUCCCCACGACAGGAAGAGGAUGGAGAACUGCCCUGUGGGUCUAAAGAACGUGGGCAACACCUGCUGGUUCAGCGCCGUCAUCCAGUCUCUGUUCAACCUGCUGGAGUUCCAGAGGCUGGUGCUACACUACUCUCCUCCUGCCAGAGUCCAGGACCUGCCUCGCAACCAGAAGGAGCACAGAAACCUACCCUUCAUGCAGGAGCUUAGGAACUUGUUCUCCCUCAUGGUGGGUUCUAAGAGGAAGUACGUGGACCCGUCGUGUGCCGUGGAGAUCCUCAAGGACGCCUUCAAGUCCAGCGAGUCUCAGCAGCAGGAUGUGAGUGAGUUCACACACAAGCUGCUGGACUGGCUGGAGGAUGCCUUCCAGAUGAAGGCAGAGGAGGACCGAGAGGGUGAGAAGCCAAAAAACCCGAUGGUGGAGCUGUUCUAUGGCCGGUUCCUGGCUGUUGGUGUUCUCGAAGGAAAGAAGUUUGAGAACACCGAGAUGUUUGGGCAGUACCCCCUGCAGGUGAACGGCUUUAAGGACCUGCAUGAGUGUCUGGAGGCGGCCAUGAUUGAGGGGGAGAUCGAGUCCCUGCACUCAUCAGCAGAGAACUCUGCCAAGUCUGGACAAGAGCACUGGUUUACCGAACUACCUCCUGUCUUGACCUUUGAACUGUCAAGAUUUGAGUUCAACCAAGCUUUGGGUCGACCUGAGAAGAUCCACAGCAAGUUGGAGUUCCCCUCCAUGCUGUACAUGGACAGGUAUAUGGACAGGAACCGAGAGAUCACCAGGAUUAAACGGGAGGAGAUCAGGAGACUGAAAGAGCACCUGACUCUACUCCAACAGCGUCUGGAAAGGUAUCUGAGCUAUGGCUCCGGCCCCAAGAGGUUUCCUCUGGCAGAUGUCCUGCAGUACGCCAUGGAGUUUACAUCCAGUAAGCCAGUCUGCACCUCUCCUGUGGGGGACUUUGAUACAUCAGCACCCCCUGGUGGCACAACAGGGCAGCUGCUGCUCGCUUCAAGCACAGCCGAACAGGGUCCCUCUACCCCUCCAGAGGGUUUGGCCCCCGCCCUGGCUCCCACCCCAGCCCCCUCCACCCAGCAGAGAGUGCCUAUCCACAAGCCCUUCACCCAGUCCCGACUGCCCCCUGACCUGCCCAUGCACCCGGCGCCACGCCACAUCACUGAGGAAGAGCUCAGGGUGCUGGAGGGCUGCCUGCACCGCUGGAGGAGUGAGGUGGAGAACGACACCCGCGAUCUUCAGGGCAGUAUAUCCAGAAUCCACAGGACCAUUGAGCUUAUGUACUCUGACAAGUCCAUGAUGCAGGUUCCGUACCGGCUGCAUGCGGUGUUGGUGCAUGAGGGCCAGGCCAAUGCCGGACACUACUGGGCCUACAUCUAUGACCCCCACCAGCGGUGCUGGAUGAAGUACAACGACAUCUCAGUCACCAAGUCCUCCUGGGAGGAGCUGGUCAGGGACUCAUUCGGAGGCUACCGCAACGCCAGCGCCUACUGCCUCAUGUACAUCAACGACAAGAAGCCUUUCCUCAUAGAAGAGGAGUUUGAUAAGGAGACGGGCCAGAUGCUGAGUGGUCUGGAUAAGCUCCCCCCGGACCUGAAGGCCUACGUGAAGGAGGACAACGGCCUGUUUGACAAGGAGAUGGAGGAGUGGAACACACUGCAGGCACGCAAGGCCCAGCAAGAGAAGAUGGCCCUGGCUGUGGCCGCCGCCGCAACAGCUGUAGUGGCAGAAACAGCAACAACAACAUCCCCUCAGCCUAUGAGUACAGAGCCCAGUACACCAGACAACUCAGCUCCACAGCAGGACCCAGAGUACAUGGAGCAGCCGUCCCCCACAGACUUCUCCAGGCACCUGCAGGAGGACACAGAGAGGGCCAUCUCCAAGGCUGCAGCCGAGCAGCAGGAGGAGAGGAGCCCUGAGGGACUGCUUACUGCAGCCAUGAUGACUCCAAACAUGCAGGGUAUUAUAAUGUCCAUUGGCAAAGCAAGGACUGUGUUUGAAAAGCUUGGGCCUGAAGCGGCCUUCUUCAAGGCCAUUAAGGUGGAGUACACCCGUCUGCUGAGGUUUGCCCAGGAGGACACAGCCCCGGGGAAUGACUAUCGAUUGCAGCACGUCAUCGUCUACUUCAUCCAGAACCAGGCCCCCAAGAAGAUCCUGGAGAGAACCCUCCUCAUGCAGUUUGCUGACCGAAACCUGGGCUUUAACGAACGGUGUAAGAGCAUUAUGAAGGUGGCCCGUGCCAAACUAGACCUCAUUAAGCCAGAGGAGAUCAACAUGGAGGAGUAUGAGAUGUGGCAUCAGGACUACAGAAAUUUCCGCGAGACAACAAUCUUCCUGAUGAUUGGCUUGGAGCUGUUCCAGAAGAAAAGCUUUGUGGAGGCAUUGAUGUACCUGAUCUACUCAUACCAGUACAACAGAGAGCUGUUGGUCAAAGGGUUGUACCGAGGUCACGACGAUGAGCUCAUAGGGCUCUACCGCAGAGAGUGCCUGCUGAAACUGAACGAGAAUGCAGCGGGGAUGUUUGAGUCUGGUGAGGAGCCGGAGGUGAGCAACGGCUUGAGCAUCAUGAAUGAGCUGGUGGUGCCAUGCAUCCCCCUAUUGCUGGUCCACGACAUAGAGAAGGACCUGCUGUCUGUGGAGGACAUGAGGAACCGCUGGUGCUCCUACCUGGGACAAGAGAUGGAGCCUAACCUUCAGGAGAAGCUGACGGACUUCCUCCCCAAGUUACUCGACUGCUCGACAGAGAUCAAAAGCUUCCACGACCCUCCCAAGCUGCCCACCUACUCCACCCUAGAGCUGGUUGAGCGCUACGGACGUGUCAUGGCCUCCCUGAGCCGGGUGCCUGCAGACGGGAGAUGAGCUGAGGGGGCAGCAGCCACACGGCCCUAUACGGCCCCACGGGCACUCACUCAUGGAUCUCUUUUAACCCAUGCCUUCCUUAUAAACCAGGGGUCGCUAGCUGUUAUUCCUCUGUUUCUCUUUUGCUGCUAAAGGUUUUAACAAUAAUAAUUUCAAUUAUAUUUUUUAAGCAAAACGCAACAGAAAAAUGUAUGAAUGAACGGACAGUUGAAAAGGAAAAAGUGAAGCUGGAAAAGUAGUGAAAAUGGCGAUCCUGCAGUGAUUGAAAGCCAGCGCAUGCUGCUCCAAGCUUUGUUAAAUGAGGUUGAGUUAGUUUUUUUUGUAGCUGUUUUUUGUUGUCAUUCGGUUUGUCCCCUCCCCUUUCUUAAAAAUCCCUUUUCCCCUUCUCCCAGCUGCUCUGCCAUCAGUUUGGUACAGUAUUAUCAUAUUGGUUUUUUUUCUAAAGGAAGCGACGAAAUGAGAACCAUGAGAUUUAUCUGCGGCUUCAGGUAUCUCAAGUGGGUCUGGGGACUGCACCAAAAUGAGAAGUUUUGAGUGCUGUGGUAGACAUCCAUGGACACACUGUGGCUUGUUAAUAAAUCGAGAGAAUACAAUUUUAUUUAUGGCUCUUUUAGGCCAAAUACGUA